AUGCCUCCUAAGAGAAUUUUAACACCUGAAGAUGCAGAAAACGUUAAACGCAGAAGAAAUGAAGGUCUUCGUAUACGUCGGACACAUAUGAAUGAACAACAAAGGGCAAGUCAACGUAAUAAGAAUACUGCAAACAAGCGAAUUUCAAGAGCCAAUAUGACAGUUCAGGAAAAAGAUCUCCAACGAGAUAUGCAACGAUCACGUUCUGCUGCCUGUAGAAAAAAUAUGACCGACGAUGAAAAAGCUCUUGAAAGGGUAAACAAUUGUGAACGUAUCAAAAAUAUUCGCAAAAACAUCACUAAUCAAGAUAACACAACGUACAACCAUUCACUAUUUAUUGAAGACAAUGUACAGAUGCACACAUGUGGUCAACUUAACGUUUUGUGCAACUUCUGCAUGGCUAAGCAUUUUCCAGAGGAACAACCAAGUGAUAAGCUCUUUAAUAAAUGUUGCAAUAAAGGCAAAAUCACAUUACCUGAUAUACGAAUUUCACCACUGAUCCAACAACUAAUGACCGGACAUCACACACAUUCAAAGAAUUUUAUGCAAAAUAUCCGUUCAAUCAAUAGUGCAUUGGCUUUUGCAUCAAUGGGAGCAAACAUUGCACCACCUCCAGGAUAUGGACCAUAUUGCUUCAGAAUAAAUGGACAAAUCUAUCACCGAUCUGGUGCCUUGCAUCCAGAAAAUGAUGAUCAACGAAAAUUUGCACAGCUAUACAUUUUAAGUCCUGAGGAAGCUGCAGACCAAAGAGCAGCGCUAAAAGAAAAUUCGGGGUGUCACGUUGAGCUUUUGAGGGAGUUAAGUUCAUAUAUGUCUCAGUGUAACCCUUUUGCAGAAGCAUGUAAAAUGCUCUAUGAGGUAGAGCAAGAAUGCAUCCAUGAAGCCUCUUUAAAUGGAGUUCAACCUUCUGAAGUUUCUAUGUUAAUUCUUCAAGACAGAACAUCAGAUUGCCAAAGAUAUAACGCACAAAAAGUUAAUGAGGUUGCUGUUAUUUUCCAAAAUACUGAUGUUGGGGGUUCAAACAUCGCUCUUAACUACAGGCCAACAUCAAUUAAUAAUGUAGAAAGAAGAACAACCACCAAUCCGAGGAUAAGAGUUAGUCAAAUGAAAUACUUGUACAGGAUUUCAAUAAGGGAUCAAUUUAAUCCCUUCCUUAGUGCCGGCAAGUUGACACAGCAGUACUUUGUUGAUGCUUAUGUCAAAACUGAGGCUAAUAGACUCAACUAUAUCCGUCAAAAUCAAUCUAAACUUCGCAUUGAAAAAUAUACAGGAUUAAUGGAUUAUAUUCAAAGUGAAGCUGCUGCACAGGGCUUAAUGCCUGGAAAAGCUGUUGUUUUGCUAUUAUCCUUUCAGGGAAGUCCCCGAAAUAUGGCCCAAAACUAUCAUGAUGCUAUGGCCAUUGUCAGAAAAUAUGGAAAACCUGAUUACUUCAUCACCAUGACCUGCAACCCUAAAUGGCCUGAGAUAGUCGAAAAUGUGUUAGAAGGUCAAGCAGUGGAGUUCAGACCAGAUUUGGUUGCAAGAGUUUUUAACCUCAAAUUAAAUUCUCUUUUGCAUGAUAUCUUGAACAAACAUGUUCUUGGAAGUCCUUGCGCAAAAGUGCAUGUUAUAGAGUUCCAAAAAAGAGGUCUACCACAUGCUCAUAUCCUCUUAAUAUUGAAAGCUGAAGACAAGCCAAAUGAUGCUGAAACCAUUGACAAAUUUAUAUCAGCCGAAAUUCCAGAUGAACACCUUUAUCCCCGGCUACAUGCUAUUGUAAUAAAGCAUAUGAUACACGGUCUCUGUGGGGAACAUAAUUUAAAUUCUCCAUGCAUGGUGGAUGGCAACUGCAGCAAAAAUUUUCCUAAACAAUUUCAAGAACAAACUUUACUUAAUGUUGAUGGAUAUCCUCGAUACCGGAGGCAAAAAAAUGAGACCACAGUAAUUGUCAAUGGGAGAAAAAUUGACAAUUCUUGGGUAGUUCCAUAUAGCCCAUACUUCUGCUUGAAAUACAAUUGCCAUAUAAAUGUUGAGAGUUGUGUUUCUAUUAAAAGUGUUAAAUAUCUCUUCAAAUAUGUAUACAAAGGUUAUGAUUGUGCAAAUAUUUCCAUUAAGGAACAUGCCACACUACAGCAUGAUGAAAUACAAAAUUUUUUAGAUUCAAGAUAUGUCAGUGCUCCUGAAGCUGUUUGGAGAUUGUAUAGUUUUCUGAUGCACCAUCAAACACAUACAAUAAUACGACUUCAAGUUCAUCUUCCAGGUGAACAAGAUGUAUAUUUUUAUAAUGAUAACAUACAAUUAGCUGCAGAGAAGGCCCAAGACAGGGAUACCACUUUGACAGCAUACUUCAAGUUGAAUGAUGAGACUCAUGCUGCACGGGAAUUUUAUUACUCUGACAUUCCUCAACAUUAUGUAUUUGAUGUAAAAACCCGUAAGUGGAAUCCAAGACAAAGAGGAGCAGAUACAACAAUUGGCCGAUUGUACUAUGUUAAUCUUUCAUCGGAUUUAGAGAGAUUUUGUUUGAGGUUACUACUCCUGCACGUAAAUGGAGCAAAAUCCUUUAGGGACCUACGCACUGUUAAUGGACAAGUUUGUCACACAUUUAAAGAAGCUGCCCAAAAGCUUUCACUUUUACACGAUGAUGCUACAUGGGAUUUUACACUUAACGAAUCAGCAUCUCAACAAAUGCCUAAACAAAUGAGGGAACUGUUUGCUUAUUUGUGCAUCUUUGCUGUCCCACCUAAUGUCCCACAACUCUUUGAAAAAUACAAACAAGAUCUUUAUGAAGAUUUUUCAUGUCAUGAGGGCCAUGUGGAUGAUUGCAAAAGUUGUAACGAUUUUGCUUUAACAGACAUUUUAAAUGUUCUCAUAGUACAUGGUAAACGUUGUGAAGAUUUUGGACUACCCAAUCCAUCAAACUUCAUUCCAGACAUGCAAUUUAACUAUGUUGCACAUUUGGAAGCCCAAAUUGGAGCACAACUUCAAGAAGCACUAAACAUAGAACAAAAAGCUGCCUUUGACGCUGUAAUGUCUGCAAUUGCUAAUUAA